GUUAGGCCAUGGCUCAUCUGGAGAUGCAAGAUUACUGUCGGCAUUGGUUCGGGCCUUUUCCUGUCGCCUUGCUGGUACGUAUGUGGCAUACCAACGUGCACCACACGACGUAUUGCGAGGAAUCCACAGCAUUUCCGAUGCAUGCAUCUCUCAUCUGGAGAAACGUGGAUGCUCCACUUGGGCAACAAGAUGCAGACUCCUCAGCCGUGUGCGAGUGGCAGGUCUACCGAUCCUGGUCUUCUUCAUAGAAGGCAGUCCUCGUGGAGCUGGCCCGGCAUCCGGCCACGUAAUUUCCUCGACAGCACACAUGUACUGAGCAACGUGUGGGGGAGCGCCAAACCGGCCCUUUGACGAGACCUUAGGAAGCCGCAGCUCCAGUCCAUCUUUCGCGCAGGUAGGCCCUGAUAUAAACCCUGCAGGUUAUCUGCACGGAACCUCUAGAACAUUUCCCAGAGUUCCAUGUGCCCCGAGCACCG